AUGUUGAAAGAUCCAGUCAUCUCCACCCUGACACUAACUAAUGCACCUCUGCCAACCUUGUCACCAGAGGAAUGGAACAUUUCCAGAGAAAUCUUGGACAUUAUUAAGCCAUUUGAAGAGGUCACCACUGAAGUGAGUGCAGAAAAGUUUGUGACCGCAUCCAAAGUCAUUUUGAUGACAAGAGGUCUUCAGAGGAUUGUUGCCCGAUAUCAAAGAAAUCCCUCCAGCUUUGACCCUGUUAAAAAACUAGUGGAUGCUCUGAUGUCAGAAAUGACUAGGAGGUUUGGCAAAGUGGAACACAUUGAAAAGCUUGCUGAUGCUACUUGCCUGGACCCUAGGUUCAAAAAGCAAGCUUUUGUCAAUCACCAGGCAGCAGAAGAGACAGUAAAGCGGAUUACAGCAAAUGCAGCAGCUAUUAACCCAGCUCAGAGUGAGGAGGAGAAUACUUCAGAUCCUGGUGCGACUGCCAGUGCAGGGGCCAUGUUUUGGGAAGACUUUGAUGAGAGGGUAACAAGCUUGAGGCCUUCUGCUUCCUCUUCUAAGACCUCAGAUGCUAUGAUGGAGAUGCGGGCCUACCUUGGAGAGCCACUCUUACCCCGCACAUCAGACCCUCUGGCCUGGUGGAGGAGAUGUUCACCAGUAAACAAAACCCUUUCUGAAGUCACGAAGACAAGACUUUGCAUUGUGGCCACAUCCGUGACAUCUGAAAGAAUUAUUUCUAAAACUGGGCAGAUUCUCUCAGAGAGAAGAAACAGACUCAGCCCAUCCAAGGUCCGGGAGCUUGUUUUUUUUUUUUUUAAUGCAAACAUGCAUUAAAGCAAGUCCUAAAAAUAUAGCCACAGUGUGUUAUUUAUUUUAAAGCUUAUUUAUUUUUAUUUAUUUAGAAAAUGUCUAGCUUGUUGUGCAAUAUUUUUGUUGUUGUUGUGAUUUCAAAGGUAAUUUGUUAAGGUUAAAGGGUUCUGUAUCUCUAGUAUCUCUUAGUAUUUCUUAUUUUCAUUUAUUUUUUAUUUAAAUGGUUUACAAUUAAUUUGGGAAUAGUUAACCUCUUUGAUAUAAAGUUUUUGGCACAAAAGUGUUAUUUUAAAACUAUUUUAAACUAAAAAAAGACAAGAUUGUUGUGCAAUAUUUCGUUUUUUUAUAUAUUGUACUUUUAAAGUUAAUUUGUUAAGGUUAUUAGACUCUGGCUUUUAGUAUCUUUUAA